GGGAGCUAGCCGAACUGUUGCAUGUUGCCUCACCAUCAAAUCUCCUGCUCCUCCACGUCCACGGCCAGUCCACCAAGUGAGACGGGAAUAUACAUAACACGCAACUGCAUUAUUUGUGCAGUCUUCUUCUUCCUCCCCUUUCAUCUUGAAGGGGCAAUCAAUACCAUUAAAAUUUUAUCAGUGGCACACAAAAAAACAAGAAUCAAUAUCUCACAAUAGGUCAACAUAUCCGAGAGGAACUACAAAUACUCAUGCAUAUUCAGGAAAGAAGAGAAGAGAAAGCAGGGACGAAUUAAAAUAUUAUGUAUCGAAUUCAUAGAUAAUUCUGAAAAUUGAAGGUUUCUGAGACAAAACAUAUUUAAAAAUUUAACGAUUUUAAAUAUUGGAUUCAAUUUCGUACCGGUGUUGAUUUAAAGAUAGUUGAUGUGUGUGAAGAUAAAAAAUUGUGAAGCAGGGGCGAAUUAAAAUUGGAAGAAAACUCGCUGAAAAUUGAAAAUUUAAGAUUUCUGAGACAAAACGGGUUAAAAAUUUAAGAAAAUUUCUGAGACAAAACAUAUUCAAAAAUUCAACUAUUUUGACGGGUCAAAUAUUGGAUUAAAUUUCGCACCGUGUUACUUUAAAUAUUUAUAGCUGGAUUAAAAUUGGACGAAAACUCAUAUAUAUUUAUUCUGAAAAUUGAAAAUUUACCGAUUUCUGAGACAAAACAUAUUACAAAAUUUACCGCUUUUGUUGACAAACCGGAUUAAAUUUCGUACCUUGUUACAUAAUUUAAAUAAAGUUGGUGUGUAAAUAAAAGCAAAAAAUAGUAGUGAAAGUGCAACACGUACUUUGAAAAUCAGCCAAAAAAGUGAAAGCCUUUCUUCUCACCUCAAUCAAAAUCAUCAUCAUUCGUUUCGUGUUAUAAUUUAUUAUUAACUAAAAUUCUGAACAGAAGAUCAAACACUAAAUGUUCGCAUGUAACCGUCACUCACAGCACGGCCACUUCUUUUCUAUAGCUCUACUUUGACAAUAAAAUAGGAUAGAAAACUGCCAAAAAAUCUCAACCCCAUCGUCUCUUCUUCAUCAAUUUUAUUCAGUUGUCGGUGUCGACUUGUCAUGUUCUUCGUUCCGGUGAAAUAGCAAAAGCGGAGGAAAAAAGUCGGCGACAACAAGAACAACUUUGCGAAAAUAGAUGGGUUUUGGACGAUGUGACGAUGUGAUUUGAUGUGACGUGUCGUUCAUGUCGUGCCGUGUCGUAAAUUCCUAAUUUAAUGGGAAAGUUGUCGUCCCCACUAGAAAAGCGGGCACCUACGGACGGACGGAGACAGUCAGACGCCUGGUAGAUAAGUAAGUAAGUGGGUGGGUGGGACACGUAGGAGGGGAAACUUGCUCAUUGUUGUCGUUUCUUCAUCUUCAUCUUCUUCUCGUGAGAUAGAAAGUCUUCAAAAACUUUGUUCAAAGUGAAAGCGGGCAGAACAAGGAACAACAUUUUGGGUGAAGAACGGGGACGAUAAAUCUUAAUUUUAGUCUCGUGUUGUAUAUAGUCAUACUUCGCCUCCUUCUGCAACGAUAUAUAAAUACGUCCCAUUUUUGUGCUGUGCAAUUUUAAAACUAAAUUUCCCAAAAAAUCUUUUGCAUUCAAUUGAGCACUUGGAACUGAAUGCAUUUAUUUAUUUCGUAAUAUUCCAUUCCACGACCCACUUUUUUCCCUCGUUCUUACAAGAAAUCUAUUCUCCAGAGUGCAUCAUGAAAAAAAGGGAGAAAGUUGGAUUAUGCAAAAUCUGAGGGAAAUAUGGUUCGAGUGAAACCCCUGAUGUAAUCAUUCAAGGAGAAAAGUUGCCAGUCGUCUCGUCCUGAUUCUCCGAUCGGAAUAACCUAAAACCACCAAAAUUACAGGUGGUCCUCCUCUCUCCGUCCACGACAAGUCACCAUUUGUACCGCGUCGUAUUCGUGGCGUCGUCACAGCAAAAGAAACUUUACCCCCCGAAAUCUCAGACACCGCAACUACUCAAUUUAUUCCCAAGGCCGACAAAUUAGUUCAAGUUGGGCAUCAAUUUCUUAAAACUGCAUCUCUUAAUUUCAAUUUCAAUCCGACCAACCAACCAAACCUGGACAUCUUUGACGCACCACCAGCUCUUCCUCCACGAUUCCAGGAUUAAUUCAACUAAGGUUUCUUCUCCUACUUGCCAGAUGGAUUUUCGAGGAUGGGAUUUCCCCUCCUUAAAAAUUUAGACUGUGUCCCAUGAAUAUUUCAUGUCGUACUGAUAGCCCUGUUUUGUCCUUCCGCGAGCGAGAUCCACUUCAUUUUCAUUUCAAGCAGUAGCUCCCUCAAGGGCGAAUCCAACAACCCACCAACAACGGCACCCACCCAUCUAAUUCUCCUCCAAAAACCAAAGUGCAACAACCAGAUUUAAAUUUUUCUGAACGCUUAACAGCCCCCGAAUCUCAUUGCUUUACAAAUGAGGCCAAAAUGCAACCAGCCACGUCCCCCUCUUGCCAAAAAAUCAGUCAUGUUUCUUCACCGACUGGACUUUUGAUUUUGUAAAAUUGAAUUUCACAUCUUGGGCAAAACAUCUCAUGAAUUUCGGAUUGAAUAAUUCACCAAAAGACUGCAUGGCCAAGGAGAAUAAGAAACAGGUUGACUUUUCUUAAUAGCGAAUACGAAAGCAAGGUGAAAGCAAGGUUGGUUUGGUGGGAGAAAAUAAUUUAUAAAUUUAUCAUUACCACGAAUAAUGGGUAGUCGCCUGGCUGCAUGGGGCUUAAAUAGGAGAGGGACACGAUUCAAUUCAAUAGUUGAGAAGGAAGAAGAAGUAUGCAUAAGCUGCGCCAUUUAAAUUCUGGUCUAUCUUUCCCGUCCCACAGAGUUUGGCUGCAUACAUAUUUGCAGAACGACUCGAGGAGGAGGAGGACGCUGUAUGAAUUCUAAAUAAUUCUCAUGGUGGAAGAAAUAGAAUAUAAUUCAAAUUCAUGGAUUGCAGCAUUUAUAGAAUUGCUCCUCACCCAGUGGCCGCGGACAAUGUCCCCACGCUUGUCCGACGUCGGCAUCAUCUCCCCAUGUUAUAUAAACCCCUCCCUCCCCAUAUCCCACAAUGUUAAACGUCCCCAAAUGUCCCCAUGACUUCAUCCGCGGCCGGGGACACUGCCACUGCUCCUGCUGGUUUAAAGAGAGGGGAGCGAGGUUUUAGUUUUAAUACGUGGUUGGUGAUGGUGGUGGUAGCCUGGGCUUAAUUACCUCCCUCAAUUCACUCCCAGAGUCAGAUUGAAUCCUCAUGAAUUUUGAAUUAUAAUGACCCCCUCGUGCCCUGCUUUGCGAUGGAUGGAUGGAUGGAUGGAUGGCAGAGAAGAAAGUUGUAUUUUCCACUUGGUCAGACGAGUCGUUAUAAUGUUCAGGUCGCUACACAUGCAAAUACACGUUUCUAAUGAAAUGAGAGGAUAUCAUUAUGAUAUGUAAAUCUUGUGUGUGUUUGUGUGUAGCAGUUGCGUACAGAAAUCUAGAGUGGAUCAGUGUUUAUUUCGGGUGAAAGUAAACACUUGCAAGAAAUAAGGGGGAGAAAGUGGUUUCUUGCAUGUAUUUUGACCUGCAAGAAAUGCAAGGCGCAAGAAAGUCGCGAUACUUCAUACAGCACGUGGCUAGAUUGCUCAUAUUUCUUGCACUUUCUCCCAUUUUCUUGCACCUCGCAUUUCUUGCAUGUCUUCUUUUCCAGUCCAAGAAAUGUAGCAAACCCACAAGAAACGAAACCCUUGUCUACGCUAGGUCAAUAACUAGUGGGUGUGAUGUGAUGGAUGACGUCCUAUCCCCAGAAAUAGAUACAUUUAGGCGAUAUUUUCCCUUAAAAAGCACAUUUUCUCCUCCAUCACACCAAUGUUUACAAAAUCCCCUCCAAGAUAAGUCUUCUCACCCAUAUCGUUUUUAUGUAUUAUGAGAUUUGGCAGAUGGACGACACUCGACAUUUUAAUAUGUGUCAAAUCCACUCGUCAUCUCAUCUCUGCCUGAGCCGGCUUAACUUUUUGACACCCACGACCCACCAACCAACCGACCAACCUUUCUUUCAUCUCUCGAUCUCCAACCAAUACUUAUUUCCUUCACUUUACGUCCACACAGUUGCCUGCCUCUGACACCGUCGUGUCAAGAGAUGAGUGAGUGUUUUAUUAACGGGGCGAGUGUGCAACAUCCGAUGUCAUAUCAGUCUCAGUAACCUCAUCAUAUCUCAAAAAUAAAAAUAAAAUACUACAAAAAAAUUGUGUAAACUAAGCAAAAUCAAAAGUGAAAUAAAAUCAAAGUGAAUAAGUGACAUUUCUUUUCCUUGGCCGUGAUCCGAUCCGAUCUGAACGGAAUCUUCGUCCCCAUAAAAUAUUAAGUUUACUUCAAAGAAGAACAUGGUUCUCUCUCCAAGUAUUGAAUAAUAAUAUGAAUGAAUAUUGAAAUUGAUACAGAUAUAAAUCGCCGGUGACAGUUUGAGGUCAAAAAGAUUUUCUCUACGGAUUCCGGCAUCCCGGAAAGAAAAAAAAACUAGGACAUAUCUAGAUACUUCUCCUCACAAGAAGAGAUAAGUUAAGUUUCACAUGAUACGAUUAUAUUUACCAGAGGAGGAGGAGAAAGCAACGCACAUAAAUCGUCAUUAUGGCACUUGGCUCAGGUCACGUUACAUUUGAAAUAUGAUGUUAUCACGGGAAGAAGAGUGAAAAAUUGUGUCGCUUGUCGGACAUCCGACCCUGUCAAAUAUUGUCUAGAAUAAAUAUGAAAUAAUGUCAAAAAAUAGUGGCUAAAAUUGAAGAAUUGUUGUGCUGCUAAACCAAACCUGCUGUGUUCCGUUACAACAAUUUGCCUCUAAAUUGAACUGUGUGUGCAUUUAUUAUUAAUUAAAUAUGUGACUUAAGUUUUAUAAUAAAAAUGUGGACAAUUUCGCACUUUUUGACAACGCGGGGAGAAAUAUUGUUCUUGUUGAAAAGGUGCAUUCAUUCGUAGAAGAAGAAGAAGAACACCUCGAGAAUAAUGGUGAUGAAGAUAAGCUCAUUUUUUCUUCGCCCUCCUCGCCGUGAGGGGAACGUCUUCCCGACGGGGUUUUUCGGAAUGAAGAGUAAUAAUCCUGCUUUCCUUUUGAGAAAUGGGAAAUGGAUGAAUUUCUCAUCCCUGGUGAAGGUCGGACUUGUCUUCGCGAUCUUUUGUGUACUUCAAAAUGCAGGCCUUCCAAACUCUGCCACACCACCCAACUACUUUCACCACUCGCACUUUCACCGCCAUCGAAACGUGACAACUCAUCCCAGCCAUCUCCACCACCACGUCCCGUCCCCCAGCGACCUCAUCACACAAACGAGCCACCUCUCCCUGCAAGACGAACCCUUCCGCCUGGACCCUCUCGAAGGUGAGGAAGACACGUACGACCCGGUCGAGGCGUACCACCAGCUGCGACGCCACUAUCUCACCUCCACCUCCCGAGUGGACCGAGCCCACUACGGGAUCGGUGGUGGAAACUACCCGUCUCCCUCCGGCCAAACCAGGCACCACACCCAUAGCACCAACCACCACCACAACAAUUACCAUGAUACUGGAUCCAGCGAUCGUCGUGAUAAUAAUAAUCGUAAUAGGAACGAUAAUGGUCGAAGCUAUGGUCAAAUUAGGGGCGAAAGUGGGCCCCAUUCUCAUUCCUCCCCCCUGAAUCGACAAAGAUGCUACGUCUGCCUUCCUCCGAACCGCGUGUCUCGCGAGGCGAAAGACAUCCUCGCCAUGUUUGGGAGAGAGGAUCCCAGAGAAAUCGCCGACUGUGCGGAAUUCACCCCAGAAAACGCCAAUUCAUACGAGUUCAACUGCCCACCUGGUUUUGGAGGAUGUAUUCUCAGGGUGCAUGGCCUCAACGUGUCCCGAGCCUGCUCCAAGUACCGACUAAACGACUGCAAGAAAGCCAACUCGGUGGAAUUCUGUUACUGCACGGAACCCUUGUGCAACGACGUGAAACCUGUCCCUCUCCCCCUUUCCCCACGUGACGACGACCUCGACGACGACGAGGACAGUCGUGCCGGCGGCGGGUCGGGGGAGCGGUCCGUCUCCAACAAAGAGGAAGAAGUUCCCUCCGACUCCGAACUCGUGCACACCCCGUCAAACGACAAGAACAGAAAAGACUCUUCCGUCGCCCUGGCCAAUUUCGAUGCGGACGACGACACCGCCAAUUCGGGCGAGGACGACGACGACGUCCGCAGUUUGAAGGACGGUGGUGGUGGUGACUUAAAAAAUCUGAACAGUUCUUCUGCCCUGGGAAAAAGUGGGGGCAACAUUUUCCUACUUGUGACCCUAGCUUUUCUGCUCGUGUGGAGGAGCGACAUAUCUGAAAAUUUAAUGCCAUUUUGUGGUCGUGCUGGGAGCAGUGGAGGGCUUCAUUUUAGCUGAUUCCAAACGACCCGGUAACAAUCUAGAUAGUGAGGAAUCAAGUAUUUAAGCGGCCCUAUUAAAACUGUAAUUAAACCGAACUUGUAAACUCUUGAGGUGACUCUGGACUGGUAAAAAAAUAGUCGAUAAGAGAGAAAGUAUAUCAGAGAAGAGAAAGCUCCUUAGUUUCUCUUGUUCCUUUUCCUCUCAUAUCAUUUUUACUCAGUGGCCGCGGAACAGAGGGGCAAUGUCCCCACGGUUGUUCGAUGUCCGCAUCAUCUCCCCAUGUUAUAUAAACUCCUCCCUCCCCUAUCCUACAAUGUUAAUGUUCCCACAUGUCCCCCACAUCGGCUUCCGCGGCCACUGCUUUCUCCCGCUAACAAUGCACAUGUCAGACAUGUUUCGCACGGAUCUUCUUGAAACCAGCACUAAAAUAUCAAAGAACCAAACACAAAUAACAUUUGGUGUGACACUUGAGCACUUCUGCAGAAUUCGCGAAAUGGCGAAGGUUUUAAGUUGGCAAAAUCACGCAUUUUCACCAUGCGAAACUAUACGGAGUUCAUCUCUCCGCUUUCCAAUUUUCUCCUACGCUUCUCUUCACCAGGUCAUCAGUUCACAGUUUUCACCUUGCAUGAAAAAUUAAGUUUAUUAAUUUACGAGCCAAGUUCUCAACCGAUUUUUCAUCUUUGGCUUUUAAAUAAUUU